AUGGCUGGUUUUCGCAAUCUGGAUUAUUUGGACCUUGAUGCACCAGGUCCUCAAAAACACGUGCGAUCGGAGCAGCUUGAACAAAUGGAGCAGCUUCGACAGCUAAACUCAGAUCCAAGUUUUGAUGAUCAUCAGAGGGAAAUUGGUGCAGAACUGGUUUCGGACACUUCUGGAUCCACUGAUUCCGAAAAAGCGUCCGAGCUAGCGCGGAUUCUGAAGCAUCUGCACGAUGAUUCACCAUUAGAGGAGACUAUUCCUAUGCUGGGGCCAGAAGAGGAAAUGACUUACGGGUUGAACAAUGUAAAUGCUCCGUCUACAUUUGCGACGACUUCAUUUUCUGCCUACAACCCUCAGAUGGUCGAUCCUGCCAGCUUCUAUGGGUUUUCAGCCGAUGGCAGCCAUCCUUCAACAUCUGCGACAUUAUCGAUGUCCGGGAUGUUCCAACCCCAGAAUGAGUUUCCGUCCUUCAACAUUUCGAACUCACCAUUCAUUGAUUCCGAUUUCGCUCAUCCUCUUGGAAAUCACAUGGACUAUCAUCAUCAGACAGCGAGCCAAAAUCCUUCGACAUCUGAGACGCUCUAUCCUCCUGGCUUCUAUGGAUUCCCUGCCUUCAACAUUCCCAAUCCAGAAUUCACGGAUUUUGGUCCUUCUUAUCCUCAUGGCACCAACAUGGACUACACCCAGAAAUUGGACCAAGCAACCAUUGUAGAAUUUGAGAAAAAUGUGGUCCUCUGGAGCCAGAAGUACAAAUACAAUGUUCUGAAUCUAGAAGAUAAGCUUGUCCUCGAUGAAUAUUUGUUCAACCCAAAUGGAAAAGUAGAGGUCCCACAGAUGGUGAAAAAGCCCGUCAACAGUCGCAGUCUCUAUCAAAAUCAACGAUCAGAGAGACAAGGAUACCCACCAUACAACUCUCUUGGCGAGAAGGAGAAAAUGAAAUGGUACAAACUUUGGGACAGAGUGAACCAGAGGCAACGUCAUCAGUUUGAAGAUGGGCUCAUUCGGUUCAAGACAAAUAAAAAUUUUUCAUGA